AUGUCAUCAUCAUCUUCGUCAGAUCAUUCUGAUUCGUCUGAUGAUGAACGGAUGCCUCAACAAAACACUACAAUUGAUUCUGGAUCGGAUUCUGAUGCGGGGGAUAAAAGAAAACGAGCCGGGCGGUCCACGAAAAAAACAAUUGAAAGUGGAGGAUCGUCUGAUUCGGAUUCUGAAGUUGAGAAGAAACGUCCGACCAAAAAGAAGGCAGCCACAAAGAGAAAACGGAAAAGUUCGGGAACAAGUGAUGUAAGUCGUUUUUCGUUUAAUGAUGAUUUGUCAUCAUCUUUUUUCUUCAGGAUGAUAGAAUUGAUGACUCGCUUUUCCAAGAUGCAGAAGACAAAGCGCGGUGGAAAAAUCUUAGUGAACUCGAGAAGGAACGAGAAAUAUUCGAAAGAAUGGAAGCCAGAGAAAAUCAGAGAGCUCGCGAUGAAAUUGCACAACAAUUGAAAGCGAAAAAAGAACGAGAGCUGAAGAAAGCUGAAAAAAGAAAGAAGAAAGCUUCGAGUGAUGAAGAAUCGGCUAAAUCUGCUGCAGAUUCUUCUGAUGAAGAUCCUGAAUUCCAUCGACCAAGUGAAGUUCAUCGAAAACAUAAAGAGAAGAAUGCGAUGGCUGAAUUGAAGCAGAAAAGAAAAGAGAUUGAAAAGAAAAAUGCGAAAGCUGCAUCUUUAUCAAUUGACGCUGUUUUUGGUGCUGGAGAUGGAAGUGAAUCUUCUAGUUCUUCAAGUUCAAGCGCAAGUUCUCGAUCCUCGUCUCGAUCUUCUUCAAGAGAUUCAUCGCCAACCCGUUUUAUUGAAGAAGAGAAGAUUGUUCGAAAGGAAUUAGAUACUCUUGAUGAAUUAAUAAAAGCCCGUCUUUCCCGGUUCAAACUUUGCAAAUUCGUUCAUGCUCCAUUUUUCAAAGAAACAGUAGUUGGUGGAUAUGUGAAAGUUGGAAUGGGAUUUAUGGGCGGUUCGGAUAGUAAGUAUAAAAUUUGGCAAGUUGUUGAUGUUGAAGAAACUGGAAAGAUUUAUGAUGUUGAUGGAAAACGAACAAAUAAAGGAUUGAAAUGUCGAUUUGGUAGACAAGAAAGAGUAUUUCGAAUUGCGUUCGUUUCAAAUUCCGAAUUUAAUCGAGCAGAAUUUGAUGAAUGGUAUAGAAUAACAAAGGAACAAUCAAAUAUACCAACAAUGGAUAUAAUUGAGAAAAAAGAAAAGGAAAUCAAACGAGCAAUGGAUCAUAAAUUCUCGGAUAAAGAAGUUGAUGCUGUAAGUUGAACAUUUUUAUUAACUUUGAAAAUACAGCGAAUAUUUACAGUUGAUCGAAGAGAAAAGACGUUUCCAAAAAGUUCCUCGAAAUAUUGCAAUGACAAAAGCGGAUUGGAACCGUAAAAAAGAGUUAGCACAACAAGCCGGAGAUUUACGAGAAGCUGAAAAAUACCAAGCCGAAAUCGAUAAACUUGAAAAACAUGCCAGUGAAAUCGACAAAAAACGAUCGCAUGAUAUCAGUGGAAUCGCAUUCAUCAAUUUCCGAAAUCGAACUCAAAAUAAAAAUGAGAUUUUGAGCGGAAGUUUCAAAAUGCAACAAGAAUCACAAGAUGAUCCGUUUACAAGAAAGAAAGGUGGAAUGAGAGUUGUUUCUGGUUCAAAAGGUGGUAUUAAAUUGGAAAUCAAAACAGAAGGAGAUAUUUCAGCUUCAUCUUCUUCGACAAAUUGUGAGUUUUUUUUAAAUCGUAAAUUGGAAUUAUAAAAAAUCGAGAAAUUGCAUAAAAUCGAUUUUAUGCAAUUUCUCGAUUUUUUUAAUUCCAAUUUACGAUUUAAUCUAAUAGCUAUAAAAUAAAUGAGUGGAAUAUUUCAGUGUCAGAUUUGGUGAAAACCGAAGUGAAAUCCGAAGAAUGUUCGCCUGAGAAAAAGCCAAGAUUUGCUUCGCCAAUCAAAGAAAAACGAAAAUCGGCCAACAUGUUCGAUUUGCACAAUUCGGCUUCUACAAAUCUCAAUUUCAAUAUUAAUAUUGGUGAGGUUUUUUCAAUCAACGAUCAACUUUUCUCUGGGUAUUUCUUUCGCCAUGAAAGAAUGAAAAAUAUUUUCAGAAAAGUUGCUCAAUAAUUCGAAAGGUCCGAGAGAUGAUGGACAUUUGGAUAGUGCUCCACCAGCUCCAAGUUUCGAUGCAAAACCAAGGUUUGUUUAUUUUUAUUGAUCAGUAAUCGAAAUAUUUUGCUUACAACAUGUGUUUUUUCAGAGGUCUUUCAUUGGCUGAUUACCGCCGCCGAAAGGCUGAAUCUGCAUCGACUACAACCGCCUGA